AUGAAACCUGAAUAAGAAAAUCAAUUUAAAGAUGAACUUUCUUAAUUAAGAGAAGAAAAGGCAAAACGUAGAUAAAAGAGAGAAUGGGAGAUAAAAAUUAUGGGGAAAUGCAUUGUAUGGCUAAUAUAUGCAUAUGUAGCAGGAUUAAUAAUAACCACUAUUAAUUACAUUUUGGUAUUCAAAAAUUCAAGCAUAUAAAGUUGGAAAAAUAAUUUCAAUAUGAAGGCAUUGUCGAAGAUAGUUGUUAGGAUUUGAAAAUACUUAAAAAUAUUAAUGAUUAAAUAUUCCCAUUAUUAGAUGAAUUGACUGUAAUAAAUUAUUCAUAAAACAGUUCAAAAAAUAUUUCAAAAUAUUUAGGGUAAAUUUGGAAAACGAUUGUCCUUUUGGAAUUGGUGAAUAUAUUUGCACAAGUAAAAAAUGUGUUAUUUGUACAUGCAAUUAAUCUGAAGUAUUAUUUAUUAUUAAUUAAUUAUCUUAGAUACCAUCAAAUUGGUUAUCUCCAUAAUCUUGGCCUAUAAAUAACCCAAAAGAUGAUUUUGCUUUUUGGGAUUCAGAGAGAUUUUUAUGUAAAUUUUAAAAUUAUAUAAUAUUAUAGAACCUUCUGAAUGGAUAUGGCAUGUAGAAGAUGUUGAAAAUGAUAAGGGAGUCUAUGUUGAUCUUAAAUUAAAUCCAGAAGCUUUUACAGGAUAUUAAGGUUAACAUAUAUGGGAUGUGAUUUAUAGAGAGAAUUGUUAUUAGGGUAUUUAAUUAUAAUUAUUUUAUUAUUAGGUUCAAUGGUUGAAAUGUGCAAAGAAAAAAGAGCAUUAAAUAAAUUAAUUUCAGGUUUGCAUACAUCUAUAUCAACUUAAUUAAGUGAAUUUUAUGUAGAUCUAAAAACUAAUAGAACUUAUCCAAAUUAUUCUUUGUAUUUUCAAAGAGUAGGAAAUCAUCCAGAAAGAAUUAAAAACCUUUUCUUUUUAUAUUCUGUUUUAUUUAGAGCAAUAAUUUUGGCAACUCCUGGAAUUUAAUCAUUUGAUAUCAAUUCUUUAUCUUUUGAAGAUGAUUUGAGAUCUAAAUAAUUGUUAAAUCAAAUUUUAUCUUUAAGUAAUUCAUAAUGUUCCAGACCUUUUGAUGAAUAAUAAUUUUUUAAAUAAAUUACAUUUGUAAUAACAUUUAUUUAAAAUUUAGGAAUAAAAAAAGGAUUAUUAAAGAUAUAUUCAUAAUAUCAGUAGAAUAAUGGAUUGUGUAGAAUGUUAAAAAUGUAAAGUAUUUGGAAAAAUGUAAACUUAUGGUUUAGGAACUGCACUAAAAAUAUUAUUUUCAGAAUCUCCAAGUGAAUUUUCUGGUAGAUUAAAGAGAAAUGAAUUAGUUGCAUUAAUCAAUACUUUUGGUAAAGUAUCAAGUUCUGUAAAUUCUAUUGAUUUGAUGUAUGAGAGAAGAGCAAAAUAUCAUUUUAAUUUAAUUUUUACAAUUGGUAUUAUUGGAGGAGUCUUAAUAUUGUUUAUGAUUAUCAUGCGAAUAUUGUAUAAAGAAAUGGAUUAGAAAAUAUAAAAAAUGUUUUUAGGAAUGCCUUCAGAAGAUAAUCGUUCAAAUGUUGGUUCUAAGAAAAAGCGUGAUUGAG